AUGCAGCAACCCACGAUCUCUCGCUCCACACGGCGUGGUGCCAUAGACACUACAUAUAGGCAUCAAAACCAGGAUCUUGAUAUCGUUCCAGCUUAUCUUCCAAAGCCAUCUUCCAGAGUUUGGAUUAUUCGAGAUCAAGAUGGCGUUCAAUAUGCAGGUCGUCAAGACAUGGUAGAUCUCAUUCAACAAAUGGAGAGGAAAUUACGUGGCAUACACACAUUUCCAAAAGCCUCCAGUUUGCCUCGUGAUCUUCAGGUUCGUCUUUAUAUGACCGAAAAACACGCACUUCAAGUUUUCCUCCAGUCGUUAACAGUUGAACAACUGAGACUUAUUCUUCAGAUGUUCAAAACAAGAUGUCUUAUAAGCGAAGAAAUUUACGAUUAUUGUUGUGAUUUGUUCCUUCUCAAACGAGACAUAACAAUAGAAAACUUUCAAUUCCUAAUUCAGCACCUGUUGAAUAGAUGUACUUAUGGAUUACCAUACAUUGUGUAUGUAAUGCACCACUUUGGCCACGUGGAGCUGGCUUAUCAGUUAUACAAUAUUUACCUCAAUCUCAAUAUAUCUCCAAUGAUUGUCCACAAAAUUGAUGCAUCGAGCAGAAAAAAAAUUCAAAAUUAUUUCGAGAUCAUGAAAACAAACAUUCAAUACAUGGUGUUCAAAGAUCCUUUUAAUUUUUUCAAAAAACUUUCUGUCCAUUUUAGGCAAAAGAUAGCAGACACACAUCCCUCAUCAACAAAGUUUGCUGUCUUGUGUGAUAAAUAUGUUGUGCUUUUAGCCCUCACAAUGGACACUCUGGUUAAUAAAACUAUUGAGAUCAGUCCAGAUGACCAAGUCUUUCAUGACAUGGAACGCUUUGCAGCCAUGACGUCAUGUCCGGAUCUGUCUCGAUGCAUGCUUUACGGUAGAAGGGCCGUUGUCUUGUCAUUCGCUAACAAAAAAGGGGAGGGCGAAGAACUGGUCAAAGAGGCCUUGGUCUGCGCACACAGAGUUUCUGCUUGUUUGGAAACUGUUGACCUGCUGUAUAAAAUCGUUCUUUUUCUUCGUGUUUGGUAUCAACAUUUUCCUCAGAUUACAACAAAUGCAAUUUACGGUCAUUAUAGAAUGGCAAUGCAGAUCUUAGAAAAUGAACCGGACGACCGCAGGGAAGUUUGGGCAAUGAAGUUUACAUUUCGUCUGUUGUGUUGUUUUUUGGGAUUGGGAAUGCACUGUCGUUUUAUCAAACAUUUUAACUGUACUAACAAUGUAAAAACAGAAUCGGAAAGACUUUUGAAAAAAUAUCAAUCUUCCGAAACUGGACUUCGUUUAAAAAUGUACUUUUCUAUAGCUAAAUCUAGAUUACAUCAUUUAAAGGGGGACACUGAUACAGCAUUGGAACAUAUACUUCUGGCAAAAGAGAUUGCAAUGAAAGGCAAAUAUGUUGAAUUGAAAACUAUUUUAGAGUCGGAACAAACUUUAUAUAUGUCUGACGCUGCGCCAUUGUUUGUGGAGGAAGAGAGCAGCGAUUCUGAGAAUAUUGUCAGUCUUUGUAUUCCAGAACCCAUCCAGCUUCCGAAUUCUUUUCAGAGUCCCAAAAAUCAGUCUGUAGAAUUGACAAAUUUUUCUAACCUACGCCCUUUGCCUGCCUCGGUCCCCAGCGGUGAAGGAACUAUUAACAGUGUGUCUGAAAACGCUAGAGACGAUGAACAGGAAGUAAAUACUAAUGAAGAGCCGCGAAGGUCCCACGACUUCUCUCAGGAAACUAUUCAUAUUAGGUCAUCAAAAAAUGAAUUUAAUUAAGAUAUAUAGAGAACUUUGUUGACAAAAUCUGUCUUUCUAAAGAAAGUCUCUGUUUCAUCCUAACUCAUCUUUCUUUUGUUAAAUUCGGGGUUCAAACAUGGAUUAAUUCUUUAUAUUUACAUUUUAAACUGUCUGUGAUAACAUUACAAAUCAAUUUUGAAGCCUAUAACCCAAUAAUUUCAUAUAAGAUGAGCAACCCAAAAUGGGUGUGUCUAAUAGCAUAACCGAAACACGUUAUUGGCUGCACCGCGUGGUAAAACAAAGAUUGUGCUACAUAAAAAAAGUAGUGAUUUUAAAUUGCUGCUUUAAACUGUAGAUAUUGGAAAUAAUAUAAAUAUA